AUGUCUUCAUUUGACUUGAACCAUUAUCGUAGACUUGAUCUUGCCCGGGGUCAAGAAUUACUGGACAGAAAAUACGUCGACCUGGCGAGCGCAAAUCUCGGUGCUUCAAUUCUGGAGUUUAGCGAUGAAUUUUUCGCUGAGGCAUCCAAUCUGUUGAAACAUGGUCGACCGGUACGAGACCCUAAUCGAUUCACCGAGCAUGGUGCUUGGUAUGAUGGAUGGGAAACUCGUCGACAUAAUCAUUCAUACGAUUGGGUCGUUAUAAAGUUGGGUUUCACAGGCCACAUCACGGGAUUUGACAUCGAUACUACCUAUUUUAAUGGAAAUCAUGCUCCCAUUGCAGAUGUGGAAGCAUGUUACUCUCCAGAUCGUGACCCCAUUCAUGAAAUUUUAUCGAAAAUUGACCUGGGUCCAUCCGCUCAGCACUUUAUCGAGAUACCGAAGACUCCAAGAUUUACACAUGUUCGGCUGAAUAUAUAUCCUGACGGAGGUGUGUCCCGCUUUAGAGUGUACGGUAUCGUAAGUCCAAAUUGGCCAUCGGAUCAUGCGGCGUUACUUGACCUCGCGUUCGUUGGUCACGGAGCGAAACCCGUAGCUUGCAGCGAUCAACAUUUUUCUAAAGUCGAAAACCUAUUAUUACCCGGUAGAGGUGUGGACAUGUCUGACGGAUGGGAGACCAAACGGAGCAGACAAGAAAAUCACAAAGAUUGGGUGAUCGUGAGAUUGGGUAGUGCCGGAUACUUGGAGCAAGCGGAGAUUGACACGGCUUUUUAUAAAGGAAAUUAUCCAGAGAGUGCUUCUCUGGAGGCCUGUUAUUCUGAUUCGGUCAUUCCGGAUGCGAGUAUCGAGUGGACUCAAAUACUGGAAAAGUCAAAAUUGAGUCCUCACAGGCAACACCUCUUCCAAUUGUCCGUUGUCGAUCAAAAAUUUUCUCAUGUACGAAUGACCAUUUAUCCUGAUGGCGGCGUGAAACGCCUACGCAUCAUCGGUCGUAAAAAUUUACCAUCACCUAAUCAUAAAUCGCGCCGUCCGUCUUCACCCCAAAUUCCCGCGGUUCCGGCUUUGCCACCACCAAAACACAUCGUCGCACAACCGUUAACCUACGAACACUAUGCACCCUACGGUCACAUAAUUCAAUCAUUCCCCGAACCGAAACGUACCUCUCCCUUAGCGACCACUAUUACCAACAACAUUCGUGUAACCCCCGCCAAUCAAGGGACUGCCCGGAAAUAUAAUCACAUAGCGCCGGUGGUGAAUGCUUGCCAGAAGCCCAUCUUAAUUAAGGGUGAUUCGGAUGGGAAUGUACAAUUCGUAUCUAAGGCGGAACCAAACUUGAGUUUAUACCGGUGUUUGCCUGUAAGUAAACUGCCGUUUGAUGUGCGAUUGUUGGAAAGACACCCCUAUUCGAGCCAAGCGUUCGUGCCUAUGUGUGGGGGUACGAAUGUACGAGCUUACAUGAUUGUAGUAUGUUUGAGUGAUCAAGACGGUAUACCUGAUUUUAAAACAUUGAAAUCUUUCCUAUGCUCAAGCUCUCAGGGAAUCAGUUAUAAUCCAGGCGUAUGGCAUCACCCCAUGAUCGCUCUUGAAGAGACAACAGAUUUUGUGUGUCUUACUCACGAAUCCGGCGUUGCAACUCAGGAUUGUGAGGAGAUUGAGGUUGGAUCGCAUAACAUUCAGAUAAACGUUAUCCCGGAAUUCUCGAACAAGAAUGAGUGA